AUGACUAACUCCAAGGGUCUCAGACGCGGAACGCGUUACAUGUUCGCUCGCGACUUUCGCAAGCACGGAGUCGAGCAUCUCUCCACCUACUACACCCAGUACAAGCGCGGAGAUCUUGUCGACAUCAAGACCAACGGAGCCUUCCAGAAGGGUAUGCCAUUCAAGGCCUACCACGGAAGAACCGGAAGAAUCUUCAACGUCACUAAGGGAGCCGUCGGAAUCAUCGUCAACAAGAGAGUCCGGUAAGUAUUUAGUAAAAUACAAAGUGCUGUACUUUUCUACGGAAAAUUUAGAAAUUUUUGGAUACGCAUUUGUGUCUUGAACGUUUCAAAAAACGGAUUCUUGUGCUUUUACAAGUUUUUCGACAAGCAGUUUAUUUUCCAUGUAAAAAAAAACGAAACGUUCCAAUUUCAUCUGAAUGUUCUCAUUUUAUAGCGGAAACAUCCUCCCAAAGAGAAUCAACAUCCGUGUCGAGCACAUCAAGCCGUCCAAGUGCAGAACCGACUUCUUGAACCGCGUCAAGUCCAACGACGAGAAGAGAAAGGCCGCCAAGACCGCCGGACAACCAGUGCCAGCUUUGAAGAGACUCCCGGUUGCCCCAAGAGGAGCUCACACCGUCACCACCCAGAACAAUGAGCCAGAACUUCUCGCCCCUCUCCGUUUCGAGAUUGUUGCGUGA